AUCUCGCUCACUUUGAUCUCUCUCUCUCAUCGCCACCUUUCCCUCUCUCUAGAAAAAAAUGGCAGUUUUCAAGGUAGAGCGCAAGAGCACGGCUCCGAUCGACGGCCAGAAGCCAGGAACCUCGGGAUUGAGGAAGAAGGUGGUAGUGUUCAAGCAACCCAACUAUCUGCAUAACUUUGUCCAGGCAACGUUUAAUGCCCUUUCUGCUGACAGAGUAAAAGGUGCUACACUUGUUGUUUCUGGGGAUGGUCGAUAUUUCUCUAAAGAUGCCAUUCAGAUUAUUACAAAAAUGUCAGCUGCAAAUGGAGUCAGACGUGUUUGGAUUGGCCAAAAUGGUUUGCUCUCAACUCCAGCUGUUUCAGCUGUCAUUCGCGAAAGAGUUGGUGCAGAUGGUUCUAAAGCGUCAGGUGGAUUUAUAUUGACUGCUAGUCACAAUCCUGGUGGGCCACAUGAGGAUUUCGGGAUCAAAUACAAUAUGGAAAAUGGUGGACCUGCUCCGGAGGUCAUUACUGAUAAAAUUUAUGACAACACGAAAACAAUAAAGGAAUACUUCAUUGCAGAAGAUCUACCAGAUGUAGAUAUCUCUAAGACAGGCGUUUCGAGCUUCAGCGGACCUGAAGGAAACUUUGAUGUAGAGGUUUUUGAUUCAGCUGAUGAUUAUGUGAAAUUGAUGAAGAAAAUUUUUGAUUUUCAGUCUAUCAAGAAACUGCUUACAUCUCCAAAUUUCACAUUCUGUUAUGAUGCACUAAGCGGAGUUGCUGGAGCAUAUGCUAAGCGUAUUUUUGUUGAAGAACUUGGUGCAAAAGAAAGUUCACUAUUGAAUUGUACACCUAAGGAAGACUUUGGAGGUGGACAUCCAGACCCCAACCUGACAUAUGCAAAGGAACUGGUCACACGGAUGGGAUUAGGUAAAUCAAGUUCUCACAAUGAACCACCAGAAUUUGGCGCAGCUGCUGAUGGUGAUGCAGAUCGCAAUAUGAUCCUGGGUAAAAGGUUUUUUGUGACACCAUCAGAUUCCGUCGCCAUUAUUGCUGCCAAUGCAGUGGAAUCCAUUCCUUAUUUUUCUUCUGGACUGAAGGGUGUUGCGAGGAGCAUGCCAACAUCAGCUGCACUCGAUGUUGUGGCAAAGAAUCUAAACCUGGAAAUUUUCGAGGUGCCGACCGGAUGGAAAUUUUUUGGUAACUUGAUGGAUGCUGGACUUUGUUCAGUUUGCGGUGAAGAAAGUUUCGGGACAGGUUCUGAUCAUAUCCGAGAAAAGGAUGGAAUUUGGGCUGUUUUAGCUUGGCUUUCCAUUCUUGCCUUCAAGAACAAGGACAACAUUGGUGGGAAAAAGCUAGUUACAGUGGAAGAUAUAGUUCGUCAGCACUGGGCAACUUAUGGUCGCCACUAUUACACUCGAUAUGACUAUGAGAAUGUUGAUGCUGGUGCAGCUAAGGAACUCAUGGCAUAUUUGAUCAAACUACAAUCAACCCUUCCAGAAGUUAACAUGAUUGUACAUGGAAUAAGAUCAGAUGUUGCAGAUGUUGUUGCAGCAGAUGAGUUUGAAUACAAAGAUCCUGUUGAUGGCUCUGUCUCUAAGCACCAGGGUGUUCGUUAUCUUUUCCAGGACGGUUCACGACUGGUGUUCCGUCUUUCUGGAACUGGCUCUGAAGGAGCAACCAUCAGGCUCUACAUCGAGCAAUACGAGAAGGACUCUUCAAAGACUGGGAGAGACUCACAAGACGCACUUUCACCUCUUGUGGACGUGGCUUUGAAACUUUCAAAGAUGCAGGAGUUCACUGGACGAUCUGCCCCUACCGUUAUCACAUAAAUAACGUAGUCGAGUAGCAAAUUUCGUGAAGAUAUUAGUACGUGCCACAAAGCGAGUAAUAAUGUAAACACUUUAUGAUAUACUGUCUUGUCCUUUGAUUUUGUAUCCAGGCAAAGGUACGUGCUAAGUUAUGCACUCAAAGGUGAUUUGUUAAUGAUUUGACGAUUUUGGUUUUGGUCCAUGCAACAGCAUAUAAUAAAAGCUGAAGUUAAUAAUUUUCUGGAACAA